AUUUUGGGGCCUGGUGCUUUACUGCUUAUGCUGCACAUGUGGCUCUCCCCUCGCCGCGCAAAAUAAUGCGUUGAGCCUAGCCUUGGCAACAGAGGGGACUCCAGUUCCAGUGAGCGAGAAGCGCAGCCACCGAAGCAAGAAGUGCGCGGAGCAAGGUGGCCACUUAGUUGGUUUUGGUGAUGGCUUGGUGCAAGAGCAUUGCCAUUAAUCUGUGAGAUUCGUAGGCACCACUUCGUCAGAGUUCAUCAGUGCGCAGCAACAAAAUGGAGCUGGAGCAGCUUACUGGUAAAUCCACGCUCGGAAUAGAAGCGUUGCUCCAGCGCGGUGAUGCUGCCGAGUUCGCUAACAUUUUAGCGACUAGAUCUACAUCCAUAAGUCCAGAGGAAGUUUUGCGAGAUAUUUGCAUCGCAGACAACAUCGAGGAAAAAACGAAAUGCGAUUUCGCGCGUGAGGUCCUUAACAGGUAUGACGCCCAUGGGAAUGAGGAACCUUACCCAAUAUUUAUAGCAGCGGAAACAGGGCAACAUCAGUUGCUAGAAACACUCGUAACCCACAGAAAGCACCCUGCAGUUCUGACUGUUCUAACUAACCACGGUGAAACAGUGAUUUUAUCCGUGGUGCGCAGGGUCGUAAAAAGAAAAAACUAUCAUGCUGACGAGUGUUCGCAAGAUGAGGAAACGUCUGCACUGAAAAGUAUUAAGAUGCUGGUGGCUAAUAAAUGCGACAUCCACGCCAGGGACGAUGUGUCACCUGGUUUUACAGCAAUUCACCUGGCAGCCAAGAACGGACUCUGGAAGUUGGUUAAGUUCUUCUUAAGUGAGAAGGUCAACAUUGAUAUAGUGAUAGGAAAAGAGUCCACAAGAGAGCUUAUUGUGAAACACGAUUGCACCCUAAUCGGUAAUAAUUAUGAAGGAAGCGAGGAAACGGGAGAAGAUCCGCGAAAGAACCUGAUUAACACUCUGAGGAACCGAAAGUUUACUGUCAGGACAAAAGAAAAUUCCUUUCAAGAAUGGAUGGAAAACAAUCCCGAGCACGAUUCUUUGGUGCUGAAACCCUACAAGGGAGGACAGACAUUGCUGGAGGAGGCUGUUGAUAAAGGUCUCCUUGAGAUGGCUCGCGUGCUUAUUGAAAAAGGAGCCGAUCCUAAUCCAGCCCUAUUCUCCGCGCUACAAGCUGGUGAGAAGUUUUUUGAUUUACUUACGAAAUCAGAGAUCCCACUGAAUUUGUCAAAGAAAACAAAAGGUGAGGCAAAUCAGACCGUUCUGCACAGGGCAGUGCUGUCUGAGCAUCCUAGCGUCAACGUAGUCGACUACAUACUAAAAGAAAGUGCUAAACACAACUACUUCUCAGAGUUGAUCAACGCGAGAGACUACAAGAGCUGGACGGCCCUCCAUUAUGCUGCGAACAGGCACUUGAACGAAAUAGUUACGAUCCUGCUUGGCCACAACGCAAACUUAUUCACUAAAGAUUUCUUCGAACAACCUGCAUUCUUUUACCUGCGACCUGAGGUGAUUGAGGAACACCUAAACAGGCAAAUUCAGCUUACUGCGUCGCAGACAGAGGACAACUGUGGCAUCAUAUUUGACUUUACUUGCCUAAAUAUUCCUCGAGAAAAAUGCACGACGAGAAAGAAUCGAUCACGUUAUAAAGAGGGCAAUGACGUGUAUUUGGCAGUUGAAGAGGAGGAGGAAGAUAAGGACAAGAUCUUCCACCGCGAAAUGGAACCUUUGAAAAUGCUAGCAGACUCACCAAUCCACAAGCAAUUACUGCUGCACCCACUCAUUAGGGCAUUCCUCCUACUGAAAUGGCAACGCCUCUUUUGGUUCUACUGGCUGAAUUUCAGUGUCUACCUAGCUUUUACCGCCUUUUUCUUCCUCUUUGUCUUCAGCAUCGACUUCAAAACGAUUGACGUGGGCAACACCACUGAGCACAAUAGCAGCAACGUUCUGCCACGAAGCGAAUUCCUCCACGAGUACCAGAAGACUGUCCGGGUUGCCCUAUUCGCACUAACUAUUAUACUAGGCCUGAGAGAAAUAUGGCAAUUCACAAAUUUUAAGGCAAAGUAUAUUUUCAAAGUGGAAAACUGGCUAGAAGUGGUGGUCAUUUCUUUAACGAUCUGGCUGAUAUUUUCACCGCAGAAUAAAGCGCUUGCUUCAAUACUCUCGCUUACAAUCACCCUGGAAAUGGUAUUGCUCAUGAGUCGUCACCCACGACUAGCAACCUACGUGCACAUGUUCCUUCAGGUGGCCCAGAACUUUGUUAAGUUCCUGCUCUGGUACAUGUGUUUGAUCAUUGCCUUCGGUUUCGCUUUCUACAUCAUCUUCCCCUACUGUCACGAAGGAGGAGACUGUAAAAACUUCUUCAACACAAUUCCUACUUCCAUCUUUAAAACAGUCGUCAUGAUAUCCGGCGAAUACGAAUCAGGGGACAUCGAAUUUGAGCAUGUAUCAAUCGCAAGCCACCUGAUUUUCAUUGCUUUUCUAUUUUUCAUAUCUAUGGUCAUGGUUAACCUGCUGAAUGGUUUAGCUGUUAGUGACACGCAGCAAAUAAAAAGCAACGCAGAACUAAUUUUCUGCAAGUCUCAGGUCAAGUUUUUCUCAGAUAUCGAGUCUACCAUUUUGUCAAAUUCUGCGGAAGGUUGUUGCCAGUCGUCAUUUAGACCGUGGGCACAGUGGAUGAGCAGUAAAAUCGUGCUGCUUAACAAUUUACUUGGAAAAGAUAACAAAAUAACCGUGUAUUUGUACAAGAAUAAUGAGGUGGUUCCUGACGUGAGAAUAUCUUGUGAUUGCUGCCUUUGUUUCGACUGGAAGAGGCUGCCGUUUGGUAUACGCAAAUUGUGCAGCCCUUAUAACAAAAUUGUAUUUGACGCUCUCCAAAUUGUGAAUAGAAAUGACGAGAGCAGUCAGAUGGAUCAAUUACUUGCGCGAAUGAAGAGAUUGGAGGAUAUCAUAGAAAAUAAAUUAUUUGCAGCGCAUAAAAAUGAGUUUUAGAAGUAGGAAUGAUUUUGACUCUAAUAUCUUUUAUAUGAGACAUUAAAAAAGUUUAUCUUCGAGCGCAUAGCGAGCUUUUUGUCCAUGUUAAGCUCGCAAUAUCAUGUGUCAUAUAUAUAUAUAUAUAUAUAUAUAUAUAUAUAUAUAUAUAUAUAUAUAUGGUUUAUUGUAAUUUUGUUUCUAAGCUUUUAUUGUAGAGCCAAAAAUUUUAUAGUGUGUGGGUAACAUUUAAAUUAUUGUAAAGAUGUAUGAAAAUAUAAUGGACAAAAUAAAGCAUAUUUUUUAACAAACUGCUGAAUCAUUUCAGUUUUUGGCAAGAAAUUUUGGAUAUAUCAACAACUGCAACAUAUUUGAUAAUAUGAAAUACGCCGAGUUCCAUUUUAAAGGAAAUUUUGACAGUUAUUUUCUCACAUCAAAUGAUAGAAUAGAGAACGCCAAUUUGGAUUCAUUUGAUCAGACAACAGGUCAAUAUUUAAAGGAAAUCGGAGCAGCACUUUUAUAACUUGUGUAUACUUUUCGAGUAUGUUUAUCCCGUCUUUCUGUUUAGCUUCGCAUUACACGAGCAAGACUAAAAAAAUUUCACACAGGCGCAUCUUCAAAAGAGAAGCAUGGGAACUAGAGUAGUGAACACCAGACAAUGUAGCUGGCGCCUAUGGAACCAAUUUGGCACUUCCAUUUGCACGCGAGGUCGCAUUGUUGCAGGGUGGUGCUGCCACCUGCGGCAGGCUGCACUAUAAGUGAAGUCCAUCCUGUCAUCUUUGCACAUUUAAAUUGGCAGAAUUUUCGGAAAAUCCCUCAAAAAAUCGAGACGGAGUCAAAGACAAAAAACCAAAACCCACUCUCGGCGCAACUUGAGACGGAUAUACCCCUUAUCGACACAACUUGCUUGUGGUAACCCACUAUUUGUCUUUUGCUGCAAUCGAUAAAUAAGGAAGGUUGCGUGUAGCAUAAAUGUUUAACAUUUUAGCGCAGACGCGUUGCCCACAACACACGCACAUGAUUUUGACUCGAAGGUGUAGACUUUUCCCAUGCUUCGUCAGUCUGUUAGAUAGAGCUGAACGCAACACGUACUAUAGAUAGAGACGUCGUGGAACGCCUAUCAUGUCUAGCGUAAAGGAAUUGCAAGCAAGUAGGCAACAGAUGUACAAGGAACUGGAACCGAGGCUCAAGGAGUGGAGGGACAGUCAGAACACAAAACUGGGCAACUUUCACAACGGUGCCCUGGUGCCUGCUUUCAUUUUGUUCGUCCGCCAACACUGCGGUGCUGGGACCGCCGUAGUGCUUAAUUUGUUAUGGCAAGGUGUACAAGCACAGACGCAAAAGGAAGAUACCGCUCAGAUUCGUCAGGACAUUCAGAACCACCUGGCAUCUGGCAGCGACAACACUUUGCACUUAAGUGAAGAAGAUUUUGACAGUGAAGAUGUGGAUUUCAGUAAAAUAUUUGACGAAGAAUGCGUAAAAACGUUAACCUCUCCAAGUCGAAAUCCCUGUCUAGACGCGUUCCGGUGCGAGGUCGAGGAGUACAUGAAAAUUCACGUCAAGUACCGGCCACCAAGGCAAGUUGCUCAACAAAAACACUUGGCUUUCUAGAAAAAUGCAGUAUUUUGCUUGAAUUGGGGAAUAUUUUUAACAAUGAUUUAACAGUUGAUUGCAUUUUGUUACAGAGAGCGCAAAAAGAUAGAAUGCAGUUUGUUUUGAGCACUCAAGAUACUCAAUGACGAAUGCAAACAUUCCAGCAGUCCACGAUUUUCCUUGUACUGUCGACGGCAUGAAUUUGGCCCAAACACCACGGCACCCAACCCAGUGCCUUACUCACUGGACACGUGAUCAAUGAAAACAUCAUCAUACCAAAAUAUCCACACCGUGGAUCGAGCCGCGAACCGGCCGGCUAGCCAUGAUCAAAAAAUAGGCCCAACACCAAGAGCUAAAAAAUAUUCGUCAAGGUCUGCAGUGAGUGAGCGUGGAAGAGGAAGAGAGCCGCGCCAACAGAUAAAGAAAUAAUGCACAAAAUGAAAAUUGCGUGUGGGAAGAGGCUUGAGAGAGGAGCUUUUGGUUUUCAGUUUCUAUGCGUGCAACGAGUGGAUUCCUGAACGGUGAACGCAAAUUUAUCCUUGAUAACAACUGGGCUCCACAACAACAGACGAAAACCUUGUCCCAAAUAAAUAUAAUGAUGUAGAGCAGAGAGGGCGUUAUAUUGUGUGUGUAAUUUUGGUAAUUUAUAUAUACAUCAAUUUAAUUAUAUUUUAAGAAUAAUAAAAGUAUAAAUAAUAAAUAUUUUCAUUCCGUCUUUUCCGAUUGUAUCUAUUAUGAAAAUAUGAUUUUCGUUUAAAAUUCAACACAAUCAUUGUAACCAUCAUAAAACCAUGAUGAUAGUAAAGCACACACGCAAAUCUUUUAAAAUUAUGGAUGAACAUGUAGCAUUUAAUCAAGAAAAUGGAGUUAUAUGUAUAUUAUAUGCAAAAAAUGAUACAUUAUAAUAAUAAUAAUAUAAGCAGGAAAUUCGUUUUGGUUUACGUACCUAUAAU